AUGGUCCGCUCCAAGUUCAAGGAUGAGCACCCCUUCGACAAGCGCAAGGCCGAGGCCGAGCGUAUCCGUCAGAAGUACUCUGACCGAAUUCCCGUGAUCUGCGAGAAGGUCGAGAAGAGCGACAUCCCCACCAUUGACAAGAAGAAGUACCUGGUGCCCGCUGACCUCACGGUUGGCCAGUUCGUCUACGUCAUUCGCAAGCGUAUCAAGCUGUCGCCCGAGAAGGCCAUCUUCAUCUUUGUCGACGACAUUCUCCCACCAACCGCUGCUCUGAUGAGCGCCAUCUACGAGGAGCACAAGCUUCCUGUACAUCCUAACACGUUCGGCGAGGAGUGGGAGGAGAUUCCCCAGUGA